AUGGCUGGAGUGCAAUAAAAGAUCUUCAAUAAUUAAUUUGUUGUAAAAAAAAGGAUUUCUUCUGGUUCAUUUGGUGUGGUGUAUUAAGGAGUUGAUUUGCGCUCAUCAGACCAUGUGGCAAUUAAGGUUGAAAAGCUAGAGGUGGAUGAAUUAUUGAGUUUAGAUAGAGAGGUUGAGUAAUUGGCAUAUCAAUAGAUUCAAAUACUGAGAUCAGUAUAGGGAGUGCAGUAAGUUCCUAGGUUGAAAUGGGCAGGAAAGGAUUAAGGGAAUAAUGUAAUGGUAAUUUAACUGUUGGGUAGAGAUCUGACUCAUUAUAUGAGAUAGAGAAAACGAUUUAGUCUGCCUUGUGUUUUAAGUAUUGCAGAUUAGAUGCUAACUAUACUUGAAAACAUUCACAAUAAGGGUGUGAUUCAUCGAGAUUUAAAGCCUGAAAAUGUAUUGGUUGGAAAAGAGAAAGAGAAAAAUUUAAUAUAUUUGGUGGACUUUGGGAUUGCAAAACAUUUUAAAGAUAAAGAUGACAAACAUAUUCCAUUCAAAGACAACAAGCCAUUCCUAGGAACUUCAAGAUAUGCAAGCAUAGCAGCACAUAAAGGAUACGAAUUAUCAAGAAAGGAUGAUCUUGAAUCACUAGGUUAUAUGUUAAUAUUUUUAUUGAAGGGAAGUUUGCCGUGGUAAAAUGUAGAUUAUAAAAAUGAUGAAGAAAAAGUUAAAAUAGUAGGAUUGAUGAAAAUGAGAAUUUCAUCUCAGGAAUUAUGCCAAGACUUGCCAAUUGAAUUUAUGAAAUUCAUAGAUUUAGUAAAGAAGAUGAGUUAUAGAGAGAAACCUGAUUAUAAAUAUUUCCAAUAACUAUUGAGAAGAGUGGCGAUAUAACAAUAAGCUGAAUAUAGAUUUGAUUGGUUAGAUGAAAAUAAUCAAGAGAGAAAAUCUGGUUCUGUUUCUCCUAAAAAGCAGUAAUCUAUAAAAGUCAUGGAUUAAUCGCAUCUAAUUUAAUAAAUCUAUUCACCAAAGAAGUAAAAAUAAAGUGAAGAAUUUGAUGAUACUGGACUAUCAAAGAGAGAAUCGAAUGGGAGAUUCUCCAUUGCCAACAACUCUUUAAAUCUUGUACCUUGUGAAAGCAAAUUAAAUUUAAGACACAAAAGCACAAGUUCAUUUAAUGAGUCAAAUUAACAAUACAGUGACAUUCAACCAGAAGUCAGUUGUAUGAUAGCAUAUCAAAGAAAUGUGAGAUUUGGAUCAUUUCAUAAUGAAAUUAACACCCCAAAAUAGACGGAAAGAAGUACGUCUGCUCAAAAUAAGAUUAGAGUUGUUCAUAAAUUAAGUUUGGAUGUCAAACCAAAUUGUUAUAAUUCUAUUGUUGAAUUGCAAUUGGGACUCAUGAACAAUCCAUCUAUUAUGGAUUUUACUGUUAGGAGUUCAGAUUAAAUGAAUGAGGAUGAAAGUCCUUGUCUUGAAGAUAAGUGCAGCAUUUUAAAAAAAGAUUCUAUUGAAAAUUAAUUUAAAAAUCCAAUUCAACUCUUCAGAAUAAAUUACAAAGAGAAAACAAGAGUUAAACAUAAUUGA